AUGCGCCCUAUUCUACCGUUCAGCGACCGCCCAGGGGAAUGUCUUAGCAUUGGGCCAUCUCAGGGUCUUGUAUACGCCAUCGACCAGGAGAUCGUCCUCAAAGUUCCCUUCCAGUAUCCCGUUCUCCAGGAUGAUAGCACCCAUUAUUUAUUAGAUCUCGCUCUUAAAAGCUUCGUUUCCCUGGAAAGAGAAUUGGCUGUUUACGACACCCUGAGGAACAACCCGCAUCUCAAUAUCGCUAGAAGGCUGGAAACCGAUCGGUCCGAUUGCUUAUUUCUAGAACGCCUUACACCAUUAGCAGCUGCUUGGCCUGGCUCGAAUGAACUAGAUCGGCGACGGUGGGCUUUGGAACUGCUCGACGCUGUCAGCUGGCUAGAAGAUUGCGGCUGGGCACAUGGCGACCUUGCUGUGCGCAACCUUGGCGUCGACAGCACGAAGCGCUUGAAAGUGUUCGAUUUUGGGUCUGCCAUCCCACGCUCACACCCCGACUAUGCAAACGAGGUGUGGAGAGAUCAUUUCGACCUGGCGACUUGUCUGCAUUUCAUCCUCUCUGGAAUAGAUCCAUUUGCGGGGACGCGCUCCUGCUCCGAGGUCGAAAAGGUUCGGUCAACGCUGACGGCCGGUCGGGGGACCAUCAGACACGGCGCCGAUGUUCUUGCUGACAUCAUUCAAGACGGCUGGACCGGACGAGCUUCAUCUACGACAUUCCGCCAGCUCUCCCGACGAGCUAGCGAUGCUCUUAGCUCCAGGGAUCACGGCAGGCCAAGAGAACAGUCGGAAAGUCACUAUCGAUGUCUUGAAUCUCGUUGCAGGGCCUGGCUUGACGGUGUAUCCAGGAAUCCAAUGUGGAGGGAUAUCGGAGAGUACGUUUCGGCUUGUAAGGCUGUGGAACACGAAGUGGACAUGGACAUUUGGCGUUGAUAACCAGCUUGAGGUUAGAUUAGAUAAGCCCUAUAAGCCCUGGUUUGGUAUGGUAGAGCCUUCUUUGUUCCACCCUCU